GUCCCCGGGCUACAUUUGGGUGCCUGCUAUCCGUACGUACCGGCGGCAACGGGACACGCUGCCUCCUCAACAAGAGAGAGUGGGACUAGAGAGACGCUCGUGUCGUGCCUGCCGCGACGGGAUGAAGGACCUGUGUGUGGUGUAACCGCGGCUUCGCUUCCUACCCCCCUCCUCCUUCGGAUUUGACUGGACGGCACGGACUGCGUGCGCGAGACACACACCUCAGCGUCUACACCAGCCGGAACAGACGCCGCGCGCUUCGCUCGCCGCUCUCAGUGAUCAGCAGGACGAACCCGCCAAGGAUGCUGCCGCUCUGUUUCUGAGCUCGUACACAGUGUUUCCCGUUUGCCGCAUCUGACUUCGCACCCUGGUCAGAAGCCGGGGCGACACGGACGCACUCUGAAUGCGUUGUAUCGUGCGUGCGCGACAGUCCGCUCUCUGACUUCUCUUUAAGACCGCGCGACGCGUUGAGAACAAGGAUACCCCCUCUGGACUAAAACGGACGCCUAACGACCAGGGAGGAGAAGCGAUGCCCCGACCGUUGUGCCUGCUAUUCUUCCUCCUGGUGGCCUGUACGUGGCCCCUGCCGCAUCAUCAGGUGUGGGCCAAGGAGAUCGACAAGGCGCAGGACCUGCAGCAGGAGGAGACGGCGCACAUCCCGGCCGAGCAUCGCGGGGGCGGUGGAUACGAGCCUCCCGAGCCGCCGCAGCAGCGGCCGCACCACGAGGCAUCAGCGGGACACGUGGCCGCUGUGCCGAUCAUACCGAUACACGACCACCACGGCGACCACCACGCAGUUGCAGCUGUGGCACCGCAGGACCCGGGUGACCCGUGGCCCCUGGGACGACCUGACAUGCCACAGAUCAAGAGUCUCAAUGUCAAGUGCGAAAAGAACCAUAUGAAGGUAUUCCUUGAGUUCGACCGGCCAUUCCACGGCAUGAUCUUCAGCAAGGGCCACUACAGCGACCCCAAGUGCGUGCACCUGCCGCCGAACACGGGACACAUCGCCGUCAACUUCGACAUAUUCCUGGGCAGCUGCGGCAUGUCGAGUAGCCAACAGGGCGGCUACGACAACCUCGGAAGCGGCGUGUUCAUCGAAGACACCAUCAUCGUCCAGUACGACCCACAGGUGCAAGAGAUCUGGGACCAGGCGCGUCGGCUACGUUGCACUUGGUACGACUUCUACGAAAAGGCGGUCACUUUUCGUCCCUUCAACGUCGACAUGCUGGACGCAGUGACCGCCAACUUUCUCGGAGACAACAUCCAGUGCUGGAUGCAGAUCCAGGUGGGUAAAGGACCUUGGGCCAGCGAGGUUGCCGGCAUCGUCAAAAUAGGCCAGACCAUGACCAUGGUGCUGGCCAUCAAGGACGACGAGAAUAAGUUCGACAUGCUGGUGCGCAACUGUAUCGCGCACGAUGGCAAGCACCAGCCAAUCGUGCUGGUCGACGAAUACGGAUGCGUAGCGCGCCCCAAGAUCAUGAGCCGCUUCCAGAAGAUCAAGAAUUUCGGUGCCUCAGCGUCGGUCGUGUCGUACGCCUACUUCCAGGCCUUCAAGUUCCCGGACUCGAUGAAUGUACACUUCCAGUGUGUCAUCCAGGUGUGCCGCUACGAGUGUCCCGAGCCCAAGUGCGAUGGGGACGCGGCACUGGGCGGCCACUACCUGCCGGCACCACGCGACCCAUCAUCGGCGUACUCGGAGCAGAAGGCACACUUUGUCAAACCGUCUGAGUCGCAGAAACAGACCGUCUCCGUGACCAAGAAACAAGGCGCAGUCACUGUGUCGACCGACCCACCAAAGGAGAACCCACCACCGGUCUUCUAUAACAGACAGGGCGAGCAGCUGCCCAGCGACAACGAUGUGGUGCACUCGAACACGGGCUACGCGAUCGCGCACACGGGUGGCAUGCCACGCUCGCACGAUGCUCGGCGACGCCGGCGAGAGGUGGGGGCGGACGCGACCGACAUCCAGACACAGAAGGUAAUCCAGGUGGUGGCGCCGGGUGACGUCGCCUUCAACCUGCCUACGGGAGACAACGACACCCUCGUAGACGUGUACAGCAGCCGCUCCGCGACGGCUGACGGAAACAUUUGCAUCUCGCUCCCCGGCUUUGCUGCGGGUCUCAUCGUGCUCUUGCUUCUGCUCAUCGUAUCCAUGUUGGUCGCCUCGUUCCUCUUCGUGCGCGUACGCCACAUUGCGAACAGCAAGAACCACGACCAGAUCAUCUCCUACGACAGCCCCGAGUUCGUCAAGGUGGCCAUCACACCUCAGUGAAGACGUCACGCUCCUCGCCAGUGCUGCGAUUCUUGCGUGUUCCCCGGAUGCUCCCACCGCACAAGCAUGAGCGUGGAAGACGCAGGCGCAGCGUGAACGACAGGCCGUGGGGGAUCGUGAGGGCUUGUGGCUUGAAUUGCGGUGUGGCAACUGCCUUAAACUGAGUAGGAAGAGCAAAGAACAAUGCGAUUGAGCUGACUGAUCUGCCGCGACAGUAUCACUUGGCCAGUCGCAUUUAGACUAACAAUGUCGAACGUAGCGGCGAGGAAUAGUCCCUCUUCUUGCCAUUGCCUUACGUCACGUGACUAGCAGGAAAGCAGAGCCAGCCAAAUGGUGCACGAAAGGAACGCAUAUGAGGUCGCGGGAGUUUUAUGAUUUUUUUCCCCUCUGCGGCGUCAAAUGCCAUACGGUCAUGAGAAUAUCAUUUGCUUCGGGCAUUGCUCUUAGAAGACACUGCAUUGCAGAAUGACAAUCAUCCAUUCCUGUAUACAAUAAGGCCCUCAUCAUCGCUUUUUGUUGCAGAUAGAUGACAGUAGCUUAGAUGGCUUCGUACCCAGCUUUUACUCCACAUACCUCACAAAUUUCCAUGAACAAAAUUUUUGUAGAAUAGGUGCUGAUGCAACCGCUAAAUGAGAAGCUGUGCUUUGAGACAGGAAUGGCAGAACCAGUUGUAAUAUUCUGUAAACGCAGCGUCCGAUUUGUGUAGAAUCGGUGAGAGCGUCAUCAAGAAGACCAUUUUCUAGAGCUGAUAAAACAAAUGGCAACCACAUAUGCCAUUGCCUAAGAUAUGCGUCGUUAGCGCUGUUUUGUGCUCAGGUACGCAGGCAAAGCAUUUUGGCUGUUCUGGAAACAGCAUAGCUGCGCGCGCCACGUUAAAGACGACGGCUUCAGUUUCGCUGCUGCCAGAUCUUCAUGCAUUCAGGAGAAUAUUAGUCAUCCACUGACGCCCACGCGCCGACGUAUAUUUCCUCUACCCCCCCCCCCCCCCAUUUUUUUUAAAAUCUUCUUUUGUUGUAUAGGCGUCCGCUAUGGCACGCAGUGUGCGACGCGAUAGAUUUGCAGUCUUGCCCGUCCGCGCUUCUUUUUUGUAACAUAUUUAUUUCGUGUUGGCAAUACCACCAUGAUAUUUUGUUGUUGCAAGCGUACGCGUAUAUCCUGUUGUUGAAGUUGAUGGACACUAAUCGUCAAUAGUGUUGCACCGUGGGACCUGGACUCUUAGUUUUACGGCCUUCUUACUUGAAUGCAUUGUUCCUGGAUGUGUGUGUCUGCGUGUGUUUCUUUGUUCAACGCUUUCUUUCCUUAUUUCUUGCUCGGAGUUUUAAGCCAGCGGUACGUACCGAAACUUAUUGUUUUGCAUACUGGGAAAAAAAAAAGACAGCAGACACGGGGUUCUGUCGGCGCACUUUAUGGUACGGCCAUCCAGUGGGUGUACCUUUAAGAGCACGGGUGCAGGCAAACGUCACAGCACGGUUCACUUCAACCAGGCUCCUCCAGAUGCCGGACCAGAGGUAGUGCUACAUCUAUAUUGCACCAUUCCACGGAACCACUGGGAAGCCAAGCGGAUUCCGAAGCAUCAUCGUUGUGCCGCCAUCUUGACAGGCAUCGAAGUUUCUCCAGCACUUGUCACGGCGUGCUCUCCGUCCUACGCAUGCGUGACUGGCGGCCUGUUAUUAUCGGUGAAACAACCACUCGAGACAGUCGCUCUCGUUUUCGUCUCACGGGGCAUUGUGUGUCUGUCUUCGUGAUAUAGAAAUGGAAUGAACGCACUGUCCCAGUCACACUUGUUUGGAACGCUUUUGUUGUCCUUAAAGGGCUCGUGGAAGGUAUAGGCACUGCACUUGGGUGUGGACGUUUGUUAUUACUACUUGAACACUUGGCGAAGCCUUCUCUUUACUGCUAACAGCUGUUGGAAAAAAAGUCUCAUGUUCCUAACUAUCGACCGACAAGCAAGAAUUGCGUGUUUUUUAGCAAGUGUGACAGGGACGACGGACGCAGAGUUUCUGAUUCUUUGCCAGGCGAUGAAGUACGGGUACGGUCUCCGAAAAGAACCGCGCAGCUGGUUUCCUGCUGUGUACCCAGUCAACUCGCCAUCUGUACAGCUUCUCAUUUUUUUUCUCUCUCUCUUCUACCUAUAUAUCUGUCCAUGUUGCACCAUGCAUUCAAAUGCCCUGCAGUAUGAAAUGUUUACUCUGUUGUACUACACAGAGCAGAAACUGGGCUUGGUGGGAAUGAUGUUUAAGUUCUUUAUUACUUUUUUUGUUGCUUUAAACAGUCGUACAUGCACUUCAAAAUGAUUUUGCAAGGUUUGUAACAUGUCUAGGUUGUCACAAUGCCCAGUCGAGCGCUGCUAUUUUUUUUUUCGCUACGAGCGUACAAAACACACAGUAGCGUCUUAGCGCCAUGGUGUGGUGACAAAUGAUUUUUAAUAAACGUAGAGACAAAUGA